AUGACUUCCAAAUCCGUACUAACAAAUUCAAAACGUUUAGCUGCAUAUAAAGCGGUGGACAACCAUUUGGAUUCAUCAACAAGAAUUGUUGGCAUCGGGUCAGGGUCAACUGUUGUUUUUGUCAUCGAACGCAUACUACAGCGUGGUGGCUUGAAAGAAGCUGAAAACGAAAAAUUAAAAAAGUUAGAUGUGAAUAAUUGUGUUUUUAUACCAACAAGUUUUCAAAGUAGACAAUUGAUUGUCGACAAUGGACUAAAUUUAGGAGAUGUUGACCAAUACCCUGUUAUUGAUAUCACAAUUGAUGGUGCGGAUGAAGUUGAUGACAAUUUAAACGCAAUUAAAGGAGGUGGUGCGUGCCAUUUGCGCGAAAAGGUUGUAGCUGAAAUAUCAAAGAAAUUUAUUAUUGUGGCUGAUUAUACAAAGGAAUCUAAGGUCUUGGGAGAAAAGUGGACCCAAGGUGUUCCAAUAGAGGUCAUUCCAUUCUGUUACACGUUGGUCUUAUCCUCCCUAAAAAAACUUGGUUGUCCAAGUCCAAAUCUCCGAAUGGCGAAAGCUAAAGCUGGUCCAAUCAUCACAGAUAAUGGCAACUUUGUAAUUGAUGCACAUUUCGGUCCCUUGGAUGGGACUAAGUUAUUUGAUAAUGGUAACAGAAAUACACCUGGUGACAUGAUGAAACAAAUUAAAUUAUUAACUGGGGUGGUGGAAGUGGGCUUAUUUAUUGAUAUGGCCGAAAUUGUAUACAUUGGGUGCGAAGAUGGAAUUAACGUGAAACAUAUAAAAAAAGGCGAAUAG